AAGUAGGCAAGGCUGUGUUUGGGAUGAAGAACUUCAUCAUUGUUCAUCGUGAUUGUAAUGUCGUUUUAUUAGUGUGAUUAUAUGUAACGUGUAGUUGAUAAGCUUGCCACAUAAGAAUAGGAUACAAGGUAAGUAGACCCAUACCAUACGCGGUGCCAAGUUUGCGUAUUUGCGAGCAGGCAGGCAGCAGUCAUCUUUUUUAGGGAAAAGCAGGCAGCAGUCUUUUUUCGUGAAAGAAUCCACCUUAUUGCCCAGUGCAUCGUUUUUCGACUAGUCCUCGUCGUGGUUAACACCGCACCAACCAAGCUGAGGAGUUGAAGUUCGAGACAUUCUCCACUGCCGCCCCCUCUUCUACAGCUCCACUUCCAAGUUCCAAGUGCCAAAGCGGCUACGCCACAACAAUGGCGCUUCGAUCGUCCUCGUGGCUGCUGAUCUCCCUCCUCCUCGCCGUGACGCCAGCCCCUAGCACAUGUGAGGAUAGCGUCCGCAUCGCGGACGCAGGCGGCUUGCUGCAAUGCUACCCGGCGCCGGCGCUCACCAACGCCACCAACGGCACGGCGUUUCGCGCCACCCUGCUCCCGCUCCUCCGCUCUCUCCCCUCCGCCGCCGCGCACACGGGCUUCGCCUCCCUACGGUCCGUCACCCGCGGGGAGCGCGCGUUCGCGCGGGGGCUCUGCUUCGGCAACACCACGGUGCCGUCCGAGUGCGCCCGGUGCCUGUCCGCCGCGGCUGGGAACCUCACCGCUGGCUGCGGUGCCACCAGCCGGCGCGCUGGCAUCUGGAGCGACCGGUGCUUCGUCGGCUACGCCGACACCAAUGCAUCCUCGCCAAGCGAGGACGCCUUCCGCGCCCGGGUCCUCUUCGACGCCGUCCCUGCCUCUAAGGUCAACACCAAAUCCUUCUACUACGCCCACCUGCACAAUGAGCUCGUCGCCAUGGCGAAGGACGUGGCGCGGCGCGCGGCCGCAAACAUCUCCGGGCCGCGGAUGCUGGCCACAGCGGAGGGGACCAACUCCGAGAGCGUGGUGAGCAGAACAGUGCACGUUCUGGCGCAGUGCAGGAGGGACCGCACGGCGGCGGACUGCGUCCAGUGCCUGCAGGAGUCGGUGCAGGGCGUGGACUGGGACCUCAACGUUGCCCGCGUCGACGGUGGCGUGGCGGCCGCAGUGGUGGGCUUCAACUGCUACCUACGGUUCGAGGUCUCCACUGCAGUGAGUGACAACGAUCUCAAUACCGGUAUACAAGUGGCGUUUGCCUUGGUAUGUACGUUGGCAGGAGCCCUAUCGACGUAUCUGUGUGCUUUUGACAGGUGAAGAGGAGAAGGAGGGAUGAAGCAGCCACGUGCCCACAUAGGGCCAGCACGCAUGUCAGUUACAGAGAUAAUCGGAGCAAGCUACAACAACUCUGGGGCAACAAGCCGAACGAUCAAGAUAGGCUGCGUACAUAGGCUUAUGGUUCACGGGUUAAUGUUCGAGACCAACGUGUGUAUGUGCGUUGUCCAUCAGUAAGUGGUGCAUGUGUGAUUCUGUUCUACUCCCUUCGUCCCAUAAUAUAAAAUGGUUCUUAUAUUAUGGAAUGGAGGGAGUAGUUUCGCUCGAUUAUUAUGUGGGUCGUAAGUUGCAGUAACGGAAUGGCACCAUUGUACAAUCGAGUCAUAAAAUUUCCCAAAUACUUAAUCAUGCAACACGGUGUAAACUGAGCGUACCUCAGAUGGCUAGGCUCCUUGUGGUGGAUCCGGCGUACCAUUGUUCAAGUCAUAGACUUGACGCUGGUGCUCGCAUUUUUUGCGAUGUUUGUUUAGCGGGAGAAGACGUUCUUGUCGACUAGAGGUGUCUAUGGUAACUUCGUCAAUCGCAGGAUUUUGCGUCGGCUCAGUAUCUCGAAUGUACUCAUAGAGUAUAGUAUGCGUGCAUGAGUUCAUACGGACGAGUAUAUAUGCGUGUACAUGAGUGUCAACGAUUGUAAUGUGUU